UUAGGAGUAGCUUCCCCUACACCAGUGAACGUAGAUUAGAGAAUCAUAUCUAAGAAGCGAAAGUGUUUAUUUAAUGUCAAAUCGAACAUUGCGAAAAAAUAACAACACCAGAGUGUCUAGAUCUGUUAUAAAUUCAUGUCUUGUUUUUUAACAAAUCUUCUUUUGCAUCAUACAUUCAUCGAGCUUUGAAAGCGGACUUCGAAUAUUGAUCCAGGUUGAACUCUCACUGAUCAAUAAUCACUUGAUAGUUUAAAUCUAUUAUCUAUGCUGUCAUUUCAGACUGGAGAUGACAGUUAAAAUUAACUUUUGUAGAUAGUUCAAACUGACUACUAUUGACAGACAGGUUGUACCAAAUGUUGACCUGGACAAUUCAUUUAGAAGGUGGGCCUAAGAGAGUUAAUCAUGCUGCUGUGGCCAUUGGACUCAGAAUAUACUCUUUUGGUGGCUAUUGCACUGGUGAGGAUUAUGAAACAACACGACCAAUGGAUGUUCACAUAUUAAAUACAGUAACCUUGCAUUGGUCUCUAUUACCACUACCCACAUCCAAAGUGGACUUGGAUAACACACCCUACCAACGUUAUGGUCAUACAGCGGUGGAGUAUGAAGACUGUGCUUACAUUUGGGGAGGAAGAAAUGACAGUAUUGGAGCCUGCAAGAUUUUGUACAGAUUCUGUGCUGCGACAUUGAAAUGGGAUAAACCUCAGGUAUCUGGUCCAGUGCCAGAGGCCAGGGAUGGCCAUACUGCAUGUAUCAUUCAGGACAAGAUGUACAUAUUUGCUGGAUAUGAAGAGUUUACUGAUCGUUUCUCGAAUGACAUGAAUUACUUAAACUUGAAGACAUUUGAAUGGGUUGCUGUCAUUUUUAAUGGUAAUCCAGCAAGAUGGAGAGACUUUCACACUGCAACAGCCAUCGGUACUGUAAUGUAUAUCUACGGAGGUCGUUGUGAUCAUGGAGGGGACCAGUUUACCAACAAUGAGUUCUACUGCAACAGGCUCAUGGCCUUUGAAACAGUGACUGAAACAUGGACCAGACUGGCAUCGUCAACAGUGGAUGCCCCCUUGGGACGCCGUAGUCAUUCCGCAUUUGAGUAUAAAGGAUCACUUUACAUCUUUGGAGGCUACAAUAGCUUGCUUGAGAUCCACUUCAAUGAUUUACAUCGUUAUGAUUUUGCCACCAAUCAAUGGACCAGACUGAAGGUGCCAGGUAUUGGCCCAAGUCCUCGUAGGAGGCAGUGUGCCUGUGUAAUUGGAAGCAAAGUCUAUUUCUUUGGCGGGACAAGUCCCAAUGUUCCCUUGGACAUAACAGAUGAAUCAAGUCCCUCAGACUCAGAUCUCAUUGACAGAUCAGAUCUUUAUGUUCUUGACUUCGAACCAUCAUUAAAAACUUUGGCUUCUCUGGUUAUUAUUCAACACAAGAUAGAGUGUUCCUACUUGCCUCAUGAUUUAAGGUGGGAGCUUGCAAUCAUGACCACUGACAAUAACAUAACAAGGCUUCAUCCAACAAAUGGUUAACACAGACACACAUCUCAACAUUGCAGGGGAGUCUGACCUUAUUGGUGAAGCAAUUGAGUCUGUCAAGUGGGUCACCAUGACAUUGAUAAUAAAACCAUGUGAAGUCGAGGGUAACAGUGUUUUCUGCAUUACCACAGUGUGUACUACUAAAUGAAACAUGUGUGAAUGUGCUGUUCUUCAACCUAAUGUUUGUGCACAAAUUAUCUUUUAAAAUUUGUCUUCUGUAUAUAUCUAUAAGAUAAAAAGUCUCUUCUUGUUGUUUCUUCAUUAAUUAAUGUGGUGAGAUGUUAAUUUUUCAAUAAUUUUAUUGCCGGUGAAUCAUCCUCAAUACAUUACCUUAAAGGCUGAGUGGAUUUCUGUAUGAUUGUUUGAAUUAUUUGUGAUUAUUACUUCAGAACAGAAUAGAAUUGUUAAGCUUGUGAUUAGUUGUAAGCACUCAUUGAAAAUUUACAAUGAUACUGGUACUAACAAUUUUAUCGCAAUGGCUGAUGAUCAACAUUUUUAAAGACACAUGUUGUUUUCUUUUUAAAAUGUACAUAUUGCUGACUGAAUGGAGACAAGUGGGAUUGUCAUACUGAGGAAGUAAAGCAUUAAUGAGGUUGAAGUGGGAAUAAUAGUGAGAAAGCAAUGCAAAAAUGAGAAUGCAAUAGUGAGAAAGUAAUGAUAGUGAGGAUAUAAUGCAAUAGUGAGAGAGUAAUGUAAUUGUGGGCACAUAAAUGAUGAGGAAAGCAUGUAAUAGGAAGAAAUAUGAUAGUGAAGGAGGAAUGAAAUAAUAGUGAAGUGAGUAGGCAUGAUUUGGUGAGAUAGCAUGUAAAAACUCUACCUCUGUCUAUUUGAAAUACAUUUAUGAAAGAUAUUAAAGUUGUCAUUAAUUAUGCUGUGCGGAGAUCAACCACUGUGAUAUUUUGGCUAGUUUAAACCUGAAUAGUUGAUUCUUGAACUUAUAGCUAUGUGGUCAUUCUCUAUGGACACAAAAAGGGUCUUUUUUUUUUUUUCAACACAAUAGUUAUAUAAUAUACACUUAAAAACUUAAAGAAGCAUAAAUAUGAACAGAGUAGAGUUUCUUAAUAGAAAAUUUAUUUAUGGAUAGAUUUCCCUAGUGCUAGAAGUGUCUUGACUUCAACUAAGUCCAGCAUUGUUUAAUCAAUAACAAAGUUGGUAUUACAAAAAUAUCAAAUUGAAAACUUCUAUGCAACUAGUUCAAAUAGUCUAUGAGAGGGAAGCUUAAUAAUUAUUCUCUUAGCUGUCUCUAUAGUCUCUUUCCUGCUUUUAAUCUGGUCACUAUCCCUAUAUAUAUAUACGCUGGGCUCUCAUUGUGAAACAUAAUUAUUGAAUACUGGUAUCACAGGGAGAGUUUUCAGUUUACAACAAAGACGUGUGAUGACCAAGGUCAAUAUUGUUUAGCAUGAACUCUUGGUAGGUAUAAUUACAUCUUUGUUCAUGUGACAAAUGUUGGAAUAUUCUUUUAAUUGCCAAACUCUACUUCACAUUGUGCUGUUCUCUUAUAUUUUUAUUUAGCCAAGGACCCCCAAGGUAUAAUUGUUGUAUAUAAUGUUAUUACAAAAUGUGAAUAGAACUGCACAUGGACAUUUUACAAAUCAUUUUAAACAUUGUACUCUUAUAUUAUUUGUAUAAAUAAACAUAGUUUAAAAGUCACUAA